CCCCGACCGCGGAUGAUGAGGACAAACUGGUGAGAGCGGCGAGUUCCCGACUUCUUCACGGCUCUAAACUCUUCACUGACCGUGUGACUCAGUGUUUUCCUCUGUGUGCAUUCAGGCUGAAUCUUGAAGCAUGGGUGACUGGAGCUUUCUGGGGCGGCUGUUGGAGAACACUCAGGAGCACUCAACGAUCAUCGGCAAAGUCUGGCUGACUGUCCUCUUCAUCUUCAGGAUCCUGGUGCUGGGGGCUGCAGCUGAAGCGGUCUGGGGCGACGAGCAGUCCGACUUCACUUGUAACACCCUACAGCCUGGAUGUGAGAAUGUCUGCUAUGACAAGGCCUUCCCCAUCUCGCACAUCCGCUUCUGGGUGCUGCAGAUCAUCUUCGUGUCAACGCCAACUCUCAUCUACCUGGGCCACGUGCUGCACAUCGUCCGCAUGGAGGAAAAGCGGAAAGAAAAGGAGGAGGAGAUGUGCAAGACAAACAGAUUCCGAGAGGAGAAAGAGCUGCUUUAUAGAAAUGCUGGCGAUACUGGAGGAGGAGGCAGCAAAAAGGAGAAGCCGCCAAUCAGGGAUGAACAUGGCAAAAUCCAUAUGAGAGGCGCAUUGCUGCGUACCUAUGUGUUCAACAUUAUUUUCAAGACCCUGUUUGAAGUGGGAUUCAUUUUGGGCCAGUAUUUCCUCUAUGGCUUCCAGCUGAGGCCCCUGUACCAGUGUGCACAUUUGCCCUGCCCCCACACCGUUGACUGCUUCAUAUCGAGGCCCACUGAAAAGACUAUUUUUAUUAUAUUUAUGCUUGUGGUGGCUUGCGUGUCUCUUUUGCUAAAUUUGUUAGAGAUCUUUCACCUUGGAUGGAAGAAAGUUAAACAGGGCAUGACCAAUGAGUUUGUCUCUGACCAUGAGUCGCUGCGUCGCGUCAACAUUGCAGAGCCUGACUAUUUGGCCUCGGCCUCCAGAACUGCCCCAUCCAGCCUCAGCUACCCUCCGAACUACAUAGAUGUGAUGGCAGGCAGCAGGGCAUUCCUGCCUCCAGUGGCAGCAGCCCUGGCAACGCCUCCAACGCUGGCAGCUGGGAUGGGGGAAAGAGCGAGCAGGAGGAAGGGCACGUCACCACCACCACAGCAAAAAUGCACGAACGUCUUGUAA